AUGAAGGUGUUAACAGACAUGAUGCUUGACGCUAAGGCGAAACAUAGCCUGCUGUCGUUGGACGCUGCCAGCCUUGGGUUGUCACUUCCAGCAGCAGCAGUGGCCGCCCAGGCGGCCGUCACUGGGCAAGUUGCGGCACUGCCUGCCACUGCCAAUGAAAGAACUUUGCUGAAGCAGCCAGGAGUUGUUUACCCAGCAGCCUUGCGGUCCCAACGCCGCCGCUUACAACAUCACCGCCAGUUGAACCCAGUGAUGGGUCAAGCCCGUCCACAUCGCACAACAGCCACGAUGCGGCAGCUGCAGGCAGUCCCCCAGCGCCAUCAGGCGGCAUCGGUCAGCGCCAUGGGCGCUCCUAGCCUUUGGCUGCAUCAAGCAGUUCUCACGUCCGGUGCCCAGGCUGCAGCCAGACCUGCGGUGCUGGCCCUUCUACCGCCGCACCAGGCGUCAGUAGCCGGUGCCAUACGUAGAAGCAACGACGGUCAAAUGUCAGCCGCGGACGAGCCUCAUGUUGCGGCCCAAGGACCGGCAGCCGGUUUGCCGGGUGCCGGUGCCGCAGCGCUUGGAGAUGCCCCAGUGAACGCAACUCCCAGUGGCAAGCCGCCAUUGGCACCAGGCGGGCCCGGCCCACUUCCACUGAGCCUUACCGAUCACCCCGCUGCUGGCAUUGGUUGCAGCAUUAGCUACAAGAGCAAUGGAAGCCAUACGGGCGGCUUCACGGGGGGAAUGCCACUUGGUGUCAGCCCACCAAGUUUGGGGACUUCGCCUGCUGCGGGGAGGUUAUCAUCUCGGCGCCGCACGAGUAGCACGAACUUGCUGAGCUCAUCUGCUGGCGCCAAGGCCAGCUCUUCGGCCCCAUCGUUGUCUGUAAAACCUGACAAGUCGGGCGCUUGCAAGUACCGGGGAGUGCGGCAACGGCCAUGGGGAAAGUUCGCGGCCGAGAUUAGGGAUCCCCAUAAGGGUGUGCGAGUGUGGCUGGGAACGUAUGAUACGGCGGAGGAGGCCGCUUUGGCGUACGACAAGGCCGCUAGGGAGAUUCGGGGCCCUCGCGCUGUGGUCAACUUCCCGAACGUCAAUCCCGGUGCAAUCGCGCAUCAGGACGAUGAAUGCGCCCAUUGGGAUCCCCUAGGCAGCUCCUCAUUGGGAACUUCACCGGUGUCGUCGGGCUUCGCCACAGGCACACCACCUCUGAUGGGCGGCUCGGCGCCAGUACGCAACAUAGGGCAUCCGCAGCACCAACAUAACCACCACCCUGGUGUGGCACCAUACACGAAUUUGGGCCCGAGGAGCACUUUUGGCGGCUUUCCUGUCUACAAGCGCGACCCGGAAACCAUUGUAGAGGGGGAUUCGGAUGUAGAUAUGGAUGAUGGUGAUGACGGAGAUGGCAUGGAAGAGGACCGAGAGGAUGGCGGCAGUGGCGGCAGGGCGCGGCUGAACGUCGUGACCGGUGUGGGCGGCAGCGGCCGGCCAUCGCGCCCGGCGGCGGCGGCGGCAGUGGCGGCAGUGACAGCGGCCGCCGUCCGUGGUGGUAUUGAGUUGGAAGACAAUGGCGUCGAAUUGGCACCAGCACGCGUGAAGCGACCGCCAGUUGCAUUUGAUGUGGAGGAUGAACUUGCCGAGCUGGCUGAUGCGCUGCUGCUUCUCCACGAGAGCGCCUGA